AUGUUCGUAGGGGUGCGAGUUGUGCGAGGUCCUGACUGGAAAUGGGGCGAUCAGGACGGGGGGAAGGGCUGCGUAGGUACCGUGGUCCCUGCACAAGCUAAGGACAGCGUGAAGGGUGUCUGGGUGCGGUGGGACUCCGGGCAAGCUGCAAACUACCGCGCUGGUGGAGCAAGCGGCAAGUACGAUCUGCGGAUUUACGAUAACGCCCAACUAGAACGCAACCAGCCAGUCAGAGUGCAACAUCCGACUGUCAUCUGUGACUGCUGCCAAGAGGAAGGUAUCGUAGGAAUACGCUGGAAAUGUCUGGAGUGCCGUGACUUCGAUUUGUGUCACAGCUGCUACAACGAGGGAAAGCAUGACCUGGGUCAUUGCUUCACGAGGAUCGAAACCAACUCAGUUCCAGGGAUUGAAGUCCCCUGUCGAUUUGGCGCCACCAAAUGCCGCUCUUUGGGCAUUUUCCCAGGUGCCCGAGUGAUGCGAGGGCCCGAUUGGGAAUGGGAAGAUCAAGAUGGUGGGGAAGGCAAAGUUGGUACCGUUAGUGAAGUGAGUGGUGGGGAGGGAACCCAUCGUUCCUGGGUCGCCGUUAAAUGGCCCGGCCGCUCCACCAACAAGUACCGGCGGGGUCACGAAGGCAAGCUGGAUCUGCAAUACACAGACAAAGAGACAAUGGGAGAAUUCUACAUUGAGCACCUCCCGAGGCUCGAUGGGACUAGAGUCCAGCCUUACUUGGACUCCGGAGACAAGGUCCGUCUGCUGGACAUGGACCCUUUGAAGCUCAAGGAACUGCAGCUGGAGAGGUGUGGCUGGAACGAAGAAAUCACAGACUUCAGGGGAAAAGUCGGUGAAGUCAUCGUGGUCGACACAGAUGGCGAUGUCAAGGUCAACUUUGGCGGAGCGUCGUUCUUCAUUAAUCCCCUGUGUCUCGUCAUGGAGAAGAAGAAGGGAGCUGAAGAAUCCACAGCUAGUGCUGGAGACACCGAUGUAGGUGAGUUACUGGCUGCUCUACUCCUGAAGUCUCAACUGGGGAAACUCGGAGACCUAUUUGGUGGAUUGGCGGAUACAUCGGGCGGUGCUGCUCUCUUCCAGGCGGCAGCCACCGGCAACACCAACAAAGUGCGGGAGAUCAUCAAUGAUCACCCGGACGCGGUCAAAUUUCAAACUAAUAAAAGAGAGACAGCCCUUCAGGCCGCCUCCCAUCGCGGUCACAUGGAUGUAGUCACAGCUUUGGUGAAAGCCAAAGCACCAUUGGAGCAGCAAGAUGAGGACGGAGACAGGGCACUUGCCUUUGCAGUGCUCGGUGAUGAGCCGAAGAUUGUCAAGUGUCUCCUGCAAGCAGGAAGCAUCAUAAACGCAGCGAACAACAAUGGUUUGACCCCACUCCACCUUGCCGCUGCGAAGGAUCACCAGACAUGCGUGGAAGUGCUGCUUAAACACGACAAGCAAAAAUGCGACGUUAACUACAAAGACAAGGAUGGUGAUAGUCCAUUACUCUUUGCCAUUUCCAAGAACAACAAGCAGAUCAUCCAUUUGCUGAUAAACCACCCACGAAUUAACCUCCGUCAGGUGAACAAGAAGGGAUUCAACAGUUUGCAUCACGCAGUGUUUUGCCAAAACAGUUUUGCUGUGGAAUGGAUUCUAGGAAACUCACCAGACAUGAUCAAUGUUGCCAAAACAGACGGUUUUACGGCACUUCACAUCGCCGCCACAAACGGACUGGAUGAAGUCAUCUUGAUCCUCGUCAAACAGGCCAACUGCAAUAAAGAAUUGAAAAAUAACGAUGGACAGACAGCGCUGCAUCUAGCCACUAACGACACCUACAACAAAUGUAUUGAGGCCCUGGUCAACAAUGGUGCCAAUGUGAACGCCCAGGAUAGCGACGGUGAUACAAGCCUGCAUCUGGUCAUGAUAGAAGCCUCCAUGAAAGACAUCCUGCGAGUCACACCACUGGGACAGUUGAUGGAGCUUGUCGAGCAGAUCGACGAAGACAGUUCUUCCGACCAAAGAACCAACCUGGUUCUCAUAGCGCUGUACCUAAUUAAAAAUGGCGCCGACAUCUACAUCAAGAAUAAAAAAGGGCAGAAUGUUCUUGACCUCACCCUCAACCCAAAAGUUAAGCAGCUAUUGAAAACUCUCUUCGAAUUGAAAAGGAGCGGAGAGACACCAAAGAAACGUUGCACUGUCAGCUAAACGGUUUGCCGUGCAACCAGCUGCACAACACCAAGUCGUGGCAAACGGCCCACAAUUGCAACAAGAGUAAAUCCUCUCUUAGCUCUUUUCGUUGCAAUACAUCCCCACCUGUGAUGAACGAUGAUCUAUGUAGCCAGCUAUAAUUAAUACAUAUACUUUUCCCUUUGUAGCUCUACAGGGUGAGUAAAAAAAAA